GAGAAAGAGAGAUGUCUCCACCAAUUUCUUACACUUCAGCAGCCAAGUGACUGGGCAACACAGUGAAAGGUUUUCUUAACUCUUUCGUGCCUCUCAUGGAGUGAAAUCAAGAGAUUAAGAAAAUGGCUCCAUUGACUGAAAAGCCUGAAUUGAGACAUAAACAAAAUCCAGAAGUAGAAAAGGCAAGUCCCUCUGCCACAAUGAGCUCUGAACAUGAAGAAAUUGAUGUUGCAAAAACUGUUGUCAAUGGGCUGAGCAGCAAUGGACAAGAAAAAGCUGUUGACGUCCCUUUAUGUACACGUUCUAUUUCUGCCGUUAAAAUAAUCCCUGUGAAGAAAGUGAAAAGUUCUCCUCACCUAGUGCUGCCUACAGAAAUGGAUCCCACAAAAGUCUGCAGUGGAAAAGGAGCUGUAACUCUCCGGGCAACUCCAUCCUAUGAAGGGAAUCGGAAUGUCACUUCACCAUGUCCUCAGGAUGCUGAGCAACCUGAAAGUCUGGAGCCAGAAAACUCAGAAACAGAUGAUUGGAGGUCAUCGUCGAACACUGAUGCCAAUGGGGAUGCCCAGCCAUCUUCUCUGGCUGCCAAGGGUUAUAGGAGUGUGCGUCCAAACCUCUCUGCAGAGACCAAGCCACAGGAUGCCACUGCCACCACCUCAGCUCAGCCUGGAGUUAUAGUAGUCCCCCUCCUUCAGGUUAAUCCAGACAGACAACAAGAAGGCAGCUCCAGCACUCCACCACCGCCUCUGGUUCCUUUCGGGCAAGGCUCCGUAAUCCCUGCGAUUGUUCCUCCUGGCUCACCCUUGACUUUUCCAACUCUUGACGAUUUCAUUCCCCCACAUCUCCAGAGGGGCUCCCACCAUAACCAAGCACCCUCCACAUCUGGCACAUUACCCUCUGUUUACCCGAAACUGCCAUUCUUCUCAUCACCACCUUCACUUGUCCCUCCAGUCACAGGGACUUUGCACAGGGGCUUGAAGCCUGAAAUCACUGGAGUCAUCUCACAUACAGACCCAGGUCCUGUGCUAAAUGAAGUGCCCCAGCCUGGCACUGACUAUCCAAGCUCCAUCACUUCCAUAAGCAAGUCUGCCUCUGCCUAUCCUUCUACCACAAUCGUCAAUCCCACUAUUGUCCUGUUGCAACACAAUCGAGAACAGCAAAAAAGGCUUAGUAGCCUGGCAGAUUCAGUGCCAGACAGAUUAGUUUCUGACAGAGUUGAUUCAGCACUUCUGCGGGACAAGCCGGCUCAGGAGACUGUGCCAAGUGAGAAGAGGGCAGUGGAGGAGAAGAGAAGCACUGUCAGGAGCCCUCCCUACAUGGCUGAUACCUCUGUUGAUGACAUUGGAAUUCCACUGAGGAAUACAGACAGAUCGAAGGACUGGUACAAGACGAUGUUCAAACAGAUCCACAAGCUAAAUAGAGACAAUCCUGAAGAAAACCCCUAUUGCCCUACCUACACAUUUCCUGAACUUCCUGAAAUCCAGCAAAAAACUGAAGAAGACAAUCCUUAUUCUCCUACAUACCAGUUUCCUGCGUCUACUCCUAGUCCUAUCUCUGAAGAUGAAGAUUCUGAUUCAUUCUCUCCGCGUUAUUCCUAUUCUGAGGACAGCAGAACCCAAGUUCCCCGCUCCAAGAGUGAGAUGGACAAUAUAGAUUCAGAGAAGGUUGUGAAGAGGUCUGCCACUUUGCCGCUGCCGAACCGUGCUUCAUCACUGAAAUCAAGCCCAGAAAGGACUGACUGGGAGCCUCCAGACAAGAAGGUGGACACCAGAAAAUACCGUGCAGAACCCAGGAGCAUUUAUGACUAUCAGCCAGGGAAGUCCUCUGUUCUGAACAACGAAAAGAUGACUCGGGAUAUAAGCCCAGAAGAGAUAGAUUUAAAGAAUGAACCUUGGUAUAAAUUCUUUUCGGAAUUGGAGUUUGGGAAACCGCCUCCAAAAAAGAUUUGGGAUUAUACUCCUGGAGAUUGCUCUAUCCUUACUAGAGAGGAUAGAAAGAGUGAUCUAGAAAAAGACCUCUACCUCUACCAGACUGAGUUAGAGGCAGAUUUAGAAAAAAUGGAGAAGCUUUAUAAAGCACCACAUAAAAAGCCACAGAAGAAUACAGCAGGUGUUACUCCUCUGGAAACUUCCACAGACCAUUCUUCCUACUCCACUUAUUCACCCAACUACCAUGCAGUGAAGAGGGAGUCAGAGCUAGCUGUGGGGGACCCUACUGCCUUGGAGAAUGAAAGGCAGAUUUACAAGAGUGUGCUGGAAGGUGGAGAUAUCCCAUUCCAGGGGCUGAGUGGUCUCAAGCGGCCUUCGAGUUCUGCUUCCACAAAAGAUUCAGAAUCACCAAGGCAUUUUGCACCAGUUGAUUACAUGGAAACUCCAGAAGAAAUCCUCCGCAGGCGGUAUGAUGAUAAAGAGAAACUUUUAGAGGACCAGAGACGGCUUAAACGUGAGCAAGAAGAAGCUGAUAUUGCCGCUAGAAGGCACACAGGGGUUAUUCCAACGCACCAUCAGUUUAUCACUAAUGAACGAUUUGGGGACCUCCUAAAUGUAGACGAUACUGCAAAGAGGAAAUCUGGGUCAGAGAUGAGACCUGCUAGAGCCAAGUUUGACUUUAAAGCACAGACACUAAAGGAACUUCCUCUGCAAAAAGGAGAUAUUGUUUACAUUUACAAGCAGAUUGACCAGAACUGGCUCGAAGGUGAACACCAUGGCAGAGUUGGCAUCUUCCCACGAUCAUACAUAGAGUUCCUUCCACCAGCUGAGAAGGCUCAACCCAAAAAGCCAUUACCAUUGCAAGUAUUGGAAUAUGGAGAUGCUAUUGCUAAGUUCAACUUCAAUGGGGAUACCCAAGUGGAAAUGUCCUUCAGAAAGGGUGAAAGGAUCACGUUGAUUCGACGAGUGGAUGAGAACUGGUAUGAAGGAAGAAUCCCUGGCACCAGUCGCCAGGGCAUCUUCCCCGUCACGUACGUGGAGGUGCUCAAGCGGCCAGUGGUCAAGAACGCCAUUGACUAUCCCGACCCACCCGUGUCCCUCUCCCCCAGUCGCAGCAUCACAGCCUCACCACAGCAACCUCAAGCACAGCAGCAAGGAGCCAGCCCUGAGCGAAGUCAAACACCACGAGACAUAGUUAGCUACCAAGCCCUCUACAGCUACACUCCUCAGAAUGAUGAUGAGCUGGAACUGAGGGACGGUGACAUUGUUGAUGUGAUGGAGAAAUGUGAUGACGGCUGGUUUGUGGGUACAUCCAGGAGAACAAGGCAAUUUGGCACCUUCCCAGGCAACUACGUGAAGCUUCUGUACCUGUAAAGUAACAGUGAUCCCACCAUGACAAGGAUGGUGGGAGUCCUUUCCAGAUGGUGUUUUUAAACAGUGAAGAAACAGACAAUUUAUGAAUGUAAUAGACAAGAGAUGAGAAGUGUUAGGAGGAUGUGGUUAUGUGGUACACUAUUGAGUUGAAUGUGUAGCCCUGCUUCCAUGGAGUCAGGGUGUGAUUUGUUUGCUGAAGAAGAGACAGUUUCUAGUUUACAGUGCUGCCUUUGUGUAUUCCUCUCCCUUCCCCAGUAAGUUUUGAUGAUAAUCUUAAUUUGUACGGAGUACUUACCUCUGAGAAGGCUUCAGGGAAGCACAUGGUAUAGGUUUUGUUUGUGUGUUGAGAUAGGGUAGUGCUUUGGGGCAGUACUCAGCCCCGCAGCUGCUCACGUUGGCUGGCACAGGAGUUCAGGAACAGGAGUUCAGGAAACAGGCUUGCUGCCCAGUUUCUGCCUUGCUGAAGACUCACUAUUCUCUGCCUUCUAUUUCCAUAGAAAACCUUUCCUUCAUGUCAUGCAUCUUAAGACCCAGCAGAGGCAGAGGACAGCUGAUUCAAUUGAAUUGCAGAGCUCUGUGUGGAAAAGGAGUUUGGGAUUGGUGGUUUAAUCCAGAGAGGUCAGCCAAAGCGUAAUGCAAAAGUGCAAAAAUCCCAAACCCUUCAAUAACAUAUCACUGAUCUCUGCAGGGUUUUUUCUUUUGUGCAGGGGGUGUGUGUGUGAAUGUAUUGUGUGCAAAAUUAACUGAGUCCUGUUUUUAAAGAGAAAUCAGCCUAGCUUUGACAUUUAUCUGCACAAAGAGUAGAACCAAUAAACAGAACAUCCGCGAGGGCAAAUUCUCUUUGAGUCCUACGGCUGUUCACUUUCUCUGCUCCUCUUGCCCAGUCGCUGGCCCUAAAGGAUCAUACACCUUUUCCAGUGUAUGCUUUGGGAUGAAAUGCUGGGACUUCUUUCCCAGCAUUAAAUCUUAGAGGCUCUGAUAAAUCUGAACAAUGGAUCACUGAGGGUGCCUUUUUUUUUUCAUUUUGGUUAGAGUGUUGAUGGUAGGUCAAAUAAAUACAUGCAUUUUGGCUGCCUCUUAGUCAUACAAAAAAGUCUAAUCAAUUUGGAAAGCUGUUCCCAGCAGUUACUACCAGUUACAUAGAUUUGUAUUUCCUUGAGGGGAAAAAAACCCCCAUGGCUUGGCUGUAUGUUUGCCUGUAAAUCCACUCUGAAUACUCUUUUGAUAGACUUUUUGUUAUUAAGAAAAAGCAUAAACAAAACCAAUUCUAUCAGACUCUGCUUCCUACAAUUGCCGUACAAAUAGCAAAGGGUAGAUUGCUAUUUUGUCAUAAGCCGUAUUUAAUAAUAUAAAAUGCCUAUUUUUAUGCUGAUGCUUUUAUACAGAUUUAUUAAGAGUAAACUACAACUAACUGUUAGCACGACUUGCAAUGUUUUGAUAAACUAGCCAUGCUCCUGGGUUUGAAAUCAAGUAGGCUUGUCUUCCGUCUCAGUCAGCGGAAGAGAAGACUCUGUGUCUCAGAAGUUUGACUGUAAAUAUGUAUAUUUAACUUUGUACAGACAAUGUACUUACCUUGUAUAGAGAAAUAAUUUAAACACAUUGAGUGAAGGGAGGGGAAAAAAGGCAGUUGUGAAAGGUUGGGAUUUUUUUCCACUUUAAUUUAAGUGAUGGAAUUCUGUGUAUGUUCACAUAAAGAGUUUUAGCACAAAAUAUUCAUUAUGAAAGGUUUCAGAUAUGAUACAAAGCACCACUGUUUAUUUACUGCAGGAGGUAUCUUGAAUCCUGCAUCUUAUUUAUGGGUUAGUUGUUCUGCUUUGGGUUUGCCCUCCAGUUAUUUGCAACAAUGUUUAGGCCUGUUGGUAAGAUUGGAUAACACCAAAUAAAUGUAUCCAGCAAAGUAACAUGUUGAUAUUGAUUGUAUAUAACAUACUCAUUUAAAAGUUAAUUUUCUGUUCCUGCUCUUGCCAGUUUAAGUUAAACACAAACACACACACACACACAUACACACACGCAUCACACAUAUCCACACAAACUGCAACUUCUUUUUGUGUUGAUUUUUUGUUUCUUAUUGCAGUGGAUUACUAUUUGGCAAUUAAUAAAUGGAAUUAUUGAAUUAC